CGGGAGUAUGUUAUUCCUCCGUAUCCCACACAAUGUCGUUCGACAAACCCACUACCGUUGUCUAAUUGGAUAAAAGUGUCAAUACGCUAUGCUACCUAGUAUCUAGUUAACAACACCUUGUGAAACAAAGGGUUAUUUCCAUUAGAAUAUUUAGCAUACCCGUGCCUGAAGACCAACUUCAAUUAACGUACAGGAACAUUGGUUUUACUGACUUUAUGCAAAAGAUGGAAUACUGCAAAACAUUUCAACUUAAUCUGACACAAUUCUGCCUAUUUUUCCUCGCUUUAAUGACUGUAAGCAGUUGUUGCUUCAUAAGAAACUGUCCACCUGGCGGAAAAAGAAGUAUGGAUAUUAUAUCACGACCAGGAAAAGAGUGUAUGGCAUGCGGACCUGGAUUGCAGGGGCAAUGUGUGGGUCCCGAUAUUUGCUGCGGUCCUUUCGGUUGUCAUAUGGGUACAUCUCAGUCAAGUGUAUGCGAAAAGGAGAAUGAAAGUACUGUUCCUUGUGCUGUUUCAGGCCCACCGUGUGGAAGUCGCAAUCAAGGAAACUGUGUUGCAGACGGAAUUUGCUGUGAUCCAGGUGCGUGUUCAUUUAACAGCAAGUGCAAAUCAAAUACUGAACCAAAAGAUGUACAGAUUUUCUCUUUACUUAAAGCCCUGGGCCUUUUGGAAACGAAAGCAUAUAACAACGGUGAAAUGUCAUGAGGUGACUACGCAGUUCACCCGCAAUUUUUUUCUUCCCCCUUCAGAAUUUUGUCAAUAUUUGAAAAAUGAACAAUGGUAUUAUUCGUAAAAUUUUGCAGAAUUCAAAAAGCUAAAUUUGUAUUGGCCAUAUUGCUCUCUUCCGGUCUCGGAAAACAAUCCUGUUUUUAUCUUAACUUUCCGCUCAGGAUAACUCGGUGUCCGAUCUCAGUAAACAUUCCAACGAAGGGAUAUGCCCUUUGAACUUUCUUACAUUUUGUUCAUCUUCUAUUAAUUCUGACUUUCCUUUGGAUUGUUAAAAUACUGCAUUUAUUACAUUGUAUGAUCUCAAAAAAAUAAAAUCUUAGUAUCUUUA